UGAGAGUGAAAAGCUACUACCAACAAUGGAUGAAAUCCUAGAUGUGACGACUGAAGGGAACUCUCUUAUUAAAGCUGUAUACCAGAGCAGACUGCGUCUCACAAGACUUCUUUUGGAAGGAGGAGCUUAUAUCAAUGAGAGCAAUGAUCGUGGAGAAACCCCGCUAAUGAUUGCUUGCAAAACUAAGCAUGUUGACCAUCAAAGUGUAAGCAAAGUUAAAAUGAUUAAAUAUCUACUGGAGAAUAAUGCAGAUCCAAACAUUCAAGAUAAGUUUGGGAAAACAGCGCUUAUGCAUGCGUGUUUGGAGAAUGCAGGUUCUGAGGUGGUUUUCCUGCUGCUGGACAGUGGAGCUGACCCCAGUCUCCAAGACCACACUGGCUUCUCUGCCUUGGUUUAUGCGGUCAACUCAGAAGACAAAGAGACACUCAGAAUCCUGCUUAAUGCUUGCAAGGCUAAAGGUAAAGAAGUUAUCAUUAUAACUACUGAUAAAUCUCCUUCAGGAAGGCAAAAAACAAGACAGUAUUUAAACGUUCCACCCUCUCCAGGGAUUGAUGACCACAGUUCUCCAAGUCCAUGUACAUCACCUUCUGAAAUUGAGCUUAAAACCUCUCCUACGCCGAUUUCAAGUGCUUUUGAAGCAGAAAAAGAACUGUUUAACUUCAAAGAGGCUGAUACAUCUAUUGAAUUCAAAGGUUCCUCUGAGCCAGGUUCUCCAACAAAGAAGCCUCAUAUGAUGCAUAUAGGGGCUAGGUUACCACUCCUACAGAGGUUACAUUCUGAACCCUGGCUGAAAAUCCCACCAUCUCUUCUACAUCAACAUAAAGUGUCCUCUCUGCAAGAGGAGCUUCAAGAUAUUACCCCUGAAGAAGAACUUUCUCUUAAAAUGAAUGGCUUAGUGUAUUCCAAGCGCUACUUCACUCGACAUCAGAGCAUAGAUGUGAAGGAUCCCACUCAUCUUUUAAAAACAUUUGAUGCCUCUGGUCCGAGGAAACUUUCAUAUGAUGAAAUUCAUGCACAGUCCCUGUACCCAGAAGCUACACCUAACAAAUCAGAGAUUCCAGUAGAUCAAGAUCCUGACUCGGUAAAUACGAUAUCAGUAUCAAGCUUGAGGAGCAUAGUUCAAAGAAGAAAUUUAGGAGCCAAUCAUUACAGCUCAGAUUCCCAGCUCACUAGGUGUCAUGGUCCAGCUGUAACAGAGGACAGCAAAACACUUUUGGAGAAGAAGAAGAUGUUUUCUCCUCCUUCUCUACUGUCUGGUUCCAGGGAGUCUCUUGAAAGUGUGUCUGUUACACCCUUAAGUAGAAGGAACCAUGCCAUUCUUGAGAGGCGUGGAUCUGGAGCCUUACUUCUAGAUCAUAUUAGUCAAACCAGACCAGGCUUUCUUCCACCACUGAAUGUUAAUCCCCACCCUCCUAUUCCAGACAUUAGUCACAGUAAACUAUCCAGUGUUACUUUCCCAGGGACAAAACUGCUCGUGCCCUCGGCUCCUCUCUUUCCAAAAGAGUCAAAGAGCAAAAAAAUGCUGCUUCGAAGGCAUUCAAUGCACACAGAACAGAUUAAACAACUUGUUAACUUUGAAGAGAUUCUUGGCUAAGGCAGGAUUUCAAAGCACACAUCUUGAAAGUGUUUUACAAGCUUUCUCUCCAGAUAGCACCUGCUGCACACAAUGCUUUAGACCUUUUCUGUAAAGAAAACAAAUCCGUUCAGCUUAUGCUGGAUAAAUUAUUCAAGCAGUAAAAUGCUUGCUAGUUAGCAGUAAUCACAGUUUUCUCUACAAUAUAAAUGAAUUGCUGCCCUACAUAUGCAGUUGACAGUGUAAUAGCAGGAAUGAGGAACAUGAAGUGGGUAUGGAGUCACAGUUGACUCUAGCUUCCAGGAAUGAAAUAGUGGAUGGUGCUACAGUUACAUCAUUGGACACAAACGUCUU